GACGCCUUCUCCUGCCUUCUCUGCCCACAACCAGGGCCCCUCCACACCACACCCAUGGCCUGCUACGACCUCUGCCGCCCCUGCGGACCCACCCCGCUGGCCAACAGCUGCAACGAGCCCUGUGUCAGGCAGUGCCAGGACUCCACCGUCCUCAUCCAGCCCUCCCCCGUCCGCGUCACCUUCCCAGGGCCCAUCAUGACCUCCUUCCCCCAGAGCUCCGCCGUCGGAUCCACCGCAGGGGCUGCCCUGGGCACGGAGCUCAACGUCCAGGGACAGCCCAUCUCCGGCGGCUUUGGGGCCGCAGGCUACGGCCUGGGCUAUGGCCGUGGCUUUGGCUACGGCCUGGGAGGCCUGGGCUGCUCCGGCACCUGCUGAGGCUCCUUGCCACCACAGCUGACACCCCCUGCACCUGCCCUUCUCACUCUUGCACCAAUAUCUCCUGCAAGCAAAGCACCUCACCUGAUGGUCGCCCUACUUGCACCUCACACCGCAUCUCUCCCAUGUGUUCCUCUUCUCUUUUCACUCUUUUGUCUCAAUAAAGUUCUCCUGCAUCAAAGCCUGA